GAGAGAAAGAGAGAAAUUUGUUAGAGAGAGAGAGAGAGAGAUGUAGCUAGAAGGAGCAAGAAACAGUACCAGCAAUGGUGUGUACUAAUAGCAGUAGCUCUCUCUCUCUCUCUCUCUCUUUUAUUUUUCGUAUGCCCACCAACAGAACCCACUGAACCAACCAAAAUAAUCAUCAUCAUGAAACACCCUCUGCGCCCAGCACUCCAAAAAAGAAGCUCUCUCCCUCAUCAAAACCUCCCGUCCCUUAAAUUUACCUCUUUUAACACCACCCAGCUCUCAAACCCAGCUCCAACCUCAACCCACACACCAAAACGAUGAAACUUCUUUUUCUUUUUCUUAUCUCCUUCACAUUCCAGACCUGUCUAGUUUUCUCUGCUCCCACGACUUUGCCUCCUCAGCUACUCUCUCUUCUAUCUCUGAAAUCCGCUCUCAAAGAUCCUCUCUCCACCUUCCAUGACUGGGAUCCAACCCCCGCUUUCGACCCAGUUUGGUGUUCCUGGUCAGGCGUCAAAUGCCAUCCCAAUACCUCACAAAUCAAGGCCCUCGACCUCUCCCGCCGCAAUCUCUCCGGUCCAAUUCCGUCCGAAAUCCGGUACUUGUCACGCUUGAUCCACUUGAACUUGAGCGGCAACAACUUCGAUGGGCCUCUCCAACCUGCCAUUUUCGAGCUGGUCGAGCUUAGGGCCCUCGAUAUUAGCCACAACUUCUUCAACUCAACGUUCCCACCAGGGAUUUCCAAGCUCAAGUUCUUGCGCUUCUUCAACGCUUACAGCAACAGCUUCACCGGUCCACUCCCGCAAGACCUCGUUUAUCUCCGGUUCCUCGAGCAGCUCAACCUCGGCGGAAGCUACUUUGGAGGUACUGUCCCACCGAGCUAUGGUGGUUUCCCGAGGCUCAAGUUUCUGGACCUGGCUGGAAUGAGCUUGAACGGUCCGAUUCCGCCACAAUUGGGCUUCUUGACGCAGCUCGAGCGCAUGGAAAUCGGCUACAACCAGUUCGAAGGUGGCGUGCCCGUGGAAUUAUCCUUCUUAUCGAAUCUCAGGUACUUGGACAUUUCCAAUACCAAUGUUUCCGGCACUCUUGCACCUGAAUUCGGAAACCUAACGAUGCUUGAGGAGUUGCUGCUCUUCAAGACCCGAAUUUCGGGCGAAAUCCCGACAACUUUCGGGAACUUGAAAGCUCUAAAGGUGUUAGACCUGUCCCAAAACCAGCUAUCAGGGACAAUUCCUAAAGAAAUAGGUUCCUUGAAGGGACUCACCAGGAUCAGCCUACUGGAAAACGAGCUGAGCGGCGAAAUACCGGAAAAUAUCAGCGAGUUACCGGAACUUGACACGUUACUCCUAUGGACAAACUCGCUGAACGGAACUCUCCCUCAAAAGCUGGGCUCCAACGGCAAGUUACAGCAUCUGGACGUGUCGACGAACUCGCUCACGGGUCCAAUCCCACAGAACCUCUGCCUUGGAAACAAGCUCUUUAAGCUCAUUCUCUUCUCCAAUCGGUUGGUCGAUCAGCUCCCGACAUCGCUGACCAACUGCACCUCCUUGGCUCGGUUUCGGGUUCAAAACAACCAGCUCAACGGCUCUAUCCCAUACGGUUUCGGGUCCUUUCCGAACCUCACCUAUGUCGACCUGAGCGCCAACAAUUUCUCUGGCCCAAUUCCGGAAGAUUUCGGCAAUGCCAUCAACCUAGCGUACGUCAACAUCUCCCAAAACCAAUUUGACUCCGUUCUACCAGACAACCUCUGGAACGCCACGGACAUGCAAAUCUUCUCGGCCAGUUCCGCUAAGCUCAUAGGCAAAAUCCCAGACUUCGUUGGAUGUCGAAGCCUCUACAAGAUCGAGCUCCAAGGAAACUCUCUCAAUGGGUCUAUUCCUUGGGAUAUCAGCCACUGCGAGAGGCUUCUGUCUCUGAACCUGAGCCGCAAUUCCCUAACAGGUAUAAUCCCCUGGGAGAUCUCCACGCUUCCCUCAAUCACCGCCGUCGAUCUUUCGCGUAAUUUUUUGACGGGCACGAUUCCCUCCAACUUCGGUAACUGUUCCACACUGGAGAGCUUCAACGUCUCGUACAAUUUGCUAACCGGACCGAUACCCUCGUCCGGCACGGUCUUCUCAAGCCUCCAUCCGUCGUCCUUUUCGGGAAACGAGGGUCUGUGUGGGGGGGUGUUGCCAAACCCCUGUGUGACUGACACGUUGGGAGCAGGUGAGAAUGAGGUUCACAAGGAGCAGCCCAAGCGGACGGCCGGGGCUAUCGUUUGGAUAAUAGCGUUGGCCUUCGGGAUAGGCCUGUUCGUGCUCGCCGCUGGGACCCGCUGUUUCCACGCCAACUACAGCCGUCGAUUCAGCGAAGACCGCGAGAUUGGACCGUGGAGGUUGACCGCCUUCCAGCGGUUGCACUUCACGGCGGAUGACGUGCUCGAGUGUUUGUCCACCACGGAUAAGAUCCUGGGGAUGGGGUCCACUGGAACGGUCUACAAGGCGGAAAUGCCAGGUGGCGAGAUCAUUGCUGUGAAGAAGCUUUGGGGCAAGCACAAGGAGACCGCGCGGAGGAGAAAAGGGGUGUUGGCUGAGGUGGAGGUGCUUGGAAACGUGAGGCACAGGAAUAUAGUGAGAUUAUUAGGUUGCUGCAGCAACAGGGAGUGCACCAUGCUGCUGUACGAGUACAUGCCGAAUGGGAAUUUGGACGAUCUAUUGCAUGGGAAAAACAAGGGUCAGAAUUUGGUUGCUGACUGGGUUACCAGGUACAAGAUUGCACUCGGGGUGGCUCAGGGGAUUUGCUACCUCCAUCACGACUGUGAUCCGGUGAUCGUGCACCGCGAUCUCAAGCCAAGUAAUAUUUUAUUGGACGGUGAGAUGGAGGCCAGGGUGGCAGAUUUCGGGGUGGCAAAGUUGAUCCAGAGCGAUGAGUCGAUGUCGGUGAUUGCUGGGUCAUAUGGCUACAUUGCGCCAGAAUAUGCUUAUACCCUACAAGUUGAUGAAAAGAGUGAUAUUUAUAGCUAUGGGGUGGUGUUAAUGGAGAUUUUAGCCGGUAAAAGAUCGGUAGAUGCUGAAUUUGGCGACGGGAAUAGCAUUGUGGAUUGGGUAAGGUCGAAGAUAAAGGCCAGGGAUGGUAUCAAUGACAUCCUGGACAAGAAUGCCGGAGCAUCAUGCUCGCCGGUCCGGGAGGAAAUGAUGCAAAUGCUUAGAAUUGCAUUGCUUUGCACUAGCCGGAGCCCGGCCGACCGACCCUCCAUGAGGGAUGUUGUGUUGAUGCUGCAAGAAGCUAAGCCCAAGAGGAAAUUGCCCGAGAGUGUGCUGGGCGGUGGUGGUCGUGAUAACGGUGGCGGUGAUAUUCCUUUGGCACAAAAGCCUGUCGUGGAAUGUAAUUAAAUAUGAAUAUUAUUGAGUUACUGGUUUUCUUCUGCUUCUUUUUUUUCUUUUCCUUUUUCUUUUUCUUUUUUUGUUACUUUUCAAAUUGCGGGGGGAUUGGUAUAGGAGAAGUAAUUUUUCUUUUGGGCUUUCAAUUUAAUUUUCAUGUUUUCUUGCUCCA